AUGUCUUCUGAAACAGCGCCAACCACUCUGGCAAGACAACUACUCUCAAAAGACCAUGUGGUUGCGGAGGCGGAUGGACCCAUUUUGAUGGUAUGGGGGUGCAACGUGGUGAAUGAAUGGGAAUUUGUAUCCUCACCUUUAUGUCAUCUUCACCCUAAGAUAAACUACUGGAUAGCUGAGGAUCCCUCCUCUAAUCACACAGGCUACUAUGAACCGGUGACUGAGGAGAUCUUGGAUAAGAGCCCUGUGGUCCCUUGCAGACCCAGUAUGGGAAAGCCUAUUAAAAGAAGAAAUCGCAGAGUCCUCGGGUCUCGGCCAUAUAAAAAUUAUUCAGAGGAGAUGCUGCACCUCGCAGUAGAAAAUGCUAAAGAAAAUGGAAUGUCCUCUAGAACAGCCGAAAAAACAUUUGGUAUACCUAGGCGCACCAUCCUAAACAAAGUGAAAGAGUGCCAUAACAAAAAUGUUGGAACUCCUACUCGACUCUCUUUCCAAGAGGAAAAGAGUAUUGUUCAAGCAUUGAUUGCAGCCGGCGAAUAUGGUUGCCCACUAACGAAGCUUGAUUUACGUUUGACUGUUUUCGAAUAUCUGAAAAAAAAUAAUCGUGAAAAUUUAUUUCAUGGAAAACCACCAGACAAAGACUGGGUUACAAGUUUUCUUCGGCAUGCAGAGGGUUUGAGUGGUAAAAAAGUAGUCAUAUGUGACAACUUGUCCAGUCACUUAAGUUUAGGCGUCACUGAGUUAUGUCAGGAUCACAACACAUAUUUUGUGUUUAUUCCUCCUAAUUCUACACAUCUCACCCAACCCCUUGAUGUGGCUUUUUUUGCGCCCCUUAAAAAGGCCUGGCGCAAGAUCUUAUUACAGUACAAAAUGGAAAACCCAAAUCAAAAGGCAAUCAACAAAAACUACUUCCCAAAAUUGCUUACGCAAUUGAUUAAAACAAUUGAAAUGAACGAGGUACAAAACAUAAAAAGCGGCUUUAGAGCCACUGGGAUAUACCCUUUUAAUCCACGUGAAGUUUUGAAAAGAAUCCCAGAAUGUGCCGAAGAAAUGGGCAAUGCUCAUAAUAUUGACAGUGCUUUAUUAGAAUAUUUAAAAACUACCAGACAGUCUAAACCAUUGACAUCAGAUAGGAACAGGAAAGUCGUGAUUGAACCUGGAAAAUCUGUUACAGUUGAUGAUAUUCAAAACCGGACUAAAGACACUAAGAAACGUCCCGCAAAAAACAAAUCUGCUCUAAUAAAAAGUACCGCUGUUCAAAAAGCUAAAAACCAGAUAUUGAACGAUACACCUUCAACGGCAAGUGUCGGCAAAGAGAAUAAAAUUUUAGAUCAAUUCAAAGACGAACUAUAA